AUGUGCCAAAAUUAUUCAGUGCGGAGGUUUUGCGAAGAAUGGCGUAUUUGGAUACGUCCUCUUCUUAUCGUUACUUAUGGUAUAUUCGCGAUCAUUGUUGUACCGCUGCUCAUUCUGAACUCGUUAAAAGAUGGGUUUUCGCGUAAAGAUCAAUUGAUUUUGAUUGGUGGCUUAUUUGUCUUAUCUGCGGUGCCUGUUUCGAUUUGGCACAUAAUCCAGCAUGUUAUUCAUUUUACCAAACCCAUUUUGCAAAAACACAUCAUACGAAUAUUGUGGAUGGUUCCAAUAUAUGCUCUUAAUGCGUGGAUUGGCUUGUUUUUCCCAAAGCAUUCUAUAUACGUGGAUUCAUUGCGUGAAUGUUAUGAGGCAUACGUCAUUUAUAAUUUUAUGGUAUACUUACUGAACUAUUUGAAUUUGGGAAUGGAUUUGGAGGCCACUAUGGAGUAUAAGCCACAAGUACACCAUUUCUUUCCUUUGUGUUGCAUGCGUCCUUGGUCUAUGGGAAGAGAAUUUAUACAUAACUGCAAACAUGGAAUAUUGCAGUAUACAGUUGUGAGACCCAUAACAACAUUCAUUUCUGUAAUUUGUGAACUAUGUGGAGUGUAUGGUGAAGGCACAUUUGCUGGCAACGUCGCUUUUCCAUACAUAGUAGUGAUUAACAAUAUUUCACAGUUUGUAGCUAUGUACUGUCUGGUUUUGUUCUAUAGGGCUAAUAAGGAGGACUUAAAACCAAUGAAACCCAUUCCAAAAUUCUUGUGCAUAAAAGCAGUUGUAUUCUUCUCCUUUUUCCAAGGAGUAAUUCUUAACUUCUUAGUGUACAUCAAGAUUAUUAAAGAUAUAUUUGGUUCCACUGAUUUGGGCCAAGACGCAAAUUUGGCCUCCAUGUUACAGAAUUUUCUGAUAUGUAUUGAAAUGUUCAUAGCUGCCGUGGCUCAUAUUUAUAGUUUCCCACAUCACCCGUUCCAUAUUAAUUCACCCCAAUACUGGAAUAAUCCGAAUCAUAAUUGGUGCCGGGCCUUCUUAUCCAUGAUCGAUAUAUCUGACAUUCAAGAAGAUGUUACGGAGCAUCUGGGUGUGGUUAGUAGCUCUAUAAGCCGUCGUUUUCAAGGACGCAAUAGUUAUCAGCCAUUGUCACGGGGACCAAGACGUUCAAGCAGUGAGUCCGAGUACUUAAUAAAUAAACGACUUGAUGGUGAUGUGGCUGGAACUAGUCAAUUGUUGACUGCUGUGACUGAUUCAGACGACAAUACAGGUAAUAUUAGAAAUAAGUAUCGAACGAACUAUGCUAAACCGCUUGCCAAAGCCAAUCGCUAUGGAGCUACAGAUAGUCUUGUGUUACCAGUUUAUGAUGCAGCAAUAACCAAUGAUUAUCCAUCUCAAUCCCAAUUAGCAGGUAACCGUCCAACCUCAUCCAAAGCUUCCAUAACAACAAACGAAAAUCAAUUUACUGCGACGCAUUCGAACUUUGGUGGCAUCAGUAUACAAAAGCGCGAAGUAACUCCAAGAGAUUUUCCCGCUCAUUAUGGGGCGCCUGUGGCUGGGGGUACAAGCUUUUUACAAGCUCGAAAUGUAUCCACCACUCACGCCCCCAGUCCUAUACCAGAGUCAGGCGAUGACUUUUCAUCAUUUAUCGGUUCAUCGAGAUGACAGCGUUUUGAUAGCAACAGCCAAAAUUGUAACCCAUCUGCUAGCGAAUCGAUCUCUAUUGGACUUUCUAGUAGUUUGAAGUUAUCGACGGGUGGUAGUAAUAGUAACGAUAGUAACAACUCUUCUGAUUGGCUUAGUUCACCUGGUGGUGCAGAUCAAAAUAAAUUAGCCGAUACUGGUCCAAUACCACGCCAACAAUAACAAACAUAGUUUGUACCCACAAUAGAAAACCUUUCCAUCACAUAGAAACAAAAUACAAUUACAACGAC